UAUUUACGAAGAAAAAAACUUCCAUGGUAAGGAUAGGUCAUGGAUUGAAUAAAAUUCAUGACGGGUUUAAUCAGAUUUAUUUUAAGCCACAAUCUCAACCGAAAAUUUUCCCACCAAUCUGCGUAGUCGCAAACCGGGUUAAACCCGAAUAACCUAAUGAAUGUUUCCAUUUCUAUUUAACCUUUUGGUAAAUUAAACCCAUAUUGUUUUACGGAGAAUUAGUUCAAUUUUUUAUAACUCCAAGGAGGAAGUGUCAGUUUCAGUUAACUUAUAAAGAGGAGAGAGAAACAGAGAGACGAGGAAAAUCGAAAUCAUCUUUCUUAUUCGGAGUAUAGCUUAAUCAUCAUGCAUAGAUUUGCAAUUCGCAGAGAAAUGAGGACGAUUGUUUCCAAAAAAGCUGUUUCUUUGCUUGAUUCUUGUAAAUUUCCCAGGUAUAUGAGCUUGGCAGCUUUUCAAACUGUAGAUGCAGACAAAGUAUCUGGUUCUGAACCAGCUAAAGUGCUUAACUUGGUGAAUGGGAAAUGGUUCGAGUCUCCUUCCUGGAAUACAAUUGUGGAUCCAUUGAACGGUGAACCAUUCAUAAAGGUUGCUGAGGUUGGUGAAUCAAAUAUAAAGCCAUUUGUAGAUAGCUUAUCCAGGUGCCCUAAACAUGGUCUUCAUAAUCCCUUCAAGGACCCAGAAAGAUAUCUUCAGUUAGGAGCCAUAUCAACUAAAGCAGCUGACAAGCUUUCUCAGCCUGAGAUUUCAAAGUUCUUUGCUAGGUUGGUUCAAAGGGUUUCUCCAAAGAGUUUUGAGCAGGCUAUGGCUGAAGUAUCUGUUACACAGAAAUUUCUUGAGAAUUUCUCUGGUGACCAGGUUCGUUUUCUUGCAAGGUCAUUUGCAAUACCUGGGAAUCAUCUUGGUCAGCAAAGUCAUGGUUUCCGUUGGCCUUAUGGUCCGGUGGCUAUUAUUACUCCGUUCAAUUUCCCUCUAGAAAUCCCAGUGCUACAGUUGAUGGGUGCACUUUACAUGGGAAACAAACCUCUACUCAAAGUGGAUAGCAAGGUUAGCAUUGUAAUGGAACAAAUGCUGCGCCUGCUUCAUUUAUGUGGGUUAUCUACUGACGAUGUUGACUUCAUCAACUCUGAUGGCAAGACGAUGAACAAACUGCUGUUGGAGGCAAAUCCUCGUAUGACCCUUUUCACUGGAAGCUCUAGAGUAGCAGAGAAAUUAGCUGAUGACCUGAAGGGCCGAGUUAAAUUGGAGGAUGCAGGAUUUGAUUGGAAAAUCCUUGGCCCUGAUGUUCAGGAGGAGGAUUAUGUUGCCUGGGUUUGUGAUCAAGACGCAUAUGCAUGCAGUGGACAGAAGUGCUCUGCACAGUCCAUCCUUUUUAUGCAUGAGAACUGGUCAGCAAGUUCUCUUAUUUCCAAGUUGAAAGAUCUUGCUGCUAGAAGGAAGCUAGAUAACCUGACUAUUGGACCUGUUCUUACUGUCACAACCGAAGCAAUGUUGGAGCAUGUGGAGAAGUUGCUAAAAAUACCAGGAUCGAAGGUACUAUUUGGUGGUGAGGCUUUAAAGAAUCACACUAUACCCUCAAUUUAUGGUGCGAUUAAGCCUACUGCUGUAUAUGUUCCCCUGGAAGAAAUUUUGAAGGACACAAAUUUUGAGCUUGUGACUAAAGAAAUAUUUGGACCAUUCCAGAUUAUUACUGACUAUAAAGCGAACCAGCUACCAUUGGUGCUAGAUGCCUUAGAGAGGAUGAAUGCACAUUUAACUGCUGCGGUGGUGUCAAAUGAUUUGUUAUUCCUACAGAAAGUUAUUGGGAAUACAGUAAAUGGAACCACUUAUGCUGGCUUACGAGCAAGGACUACAGGAGCUCCACAAAAUCAUUGGUUUGGACCUGCUGGAGAUCCUAGGGGUGCAGGAAUUGGAACUCCAGAAGCAAUCAAGCUAGUGUGGUCUUGCCAUAGAGAAAUCAUAUACGAUGUUGGUCCUGUACAUUCCCAGUGGAAACUUCCACAAGCUACCUGAUGUUUCAACGCUUUAGCAUGGUGGCAAUUUAGGAAAUGGAGUUGAGUACAUUAGCUUAGUUUUCAGAGACAGUGGUUUAGAAUAAAAACCGUCAUUUUUACUGUGACCAGAAUUACAUAAUCUUAAAUAAAUUUACGCUCUUUUGGUGUCUUGAUGA